AGGCGCGUGGCGCGGCGCGGCGGUGACGCGGAAGGUGUGCGCGGCGCCUGCGCGCGGCGGAGCGGCGGCGGCCAUGAAGGUGGCGGUGGCCGGCUGCUGCCAUGGCGCCCUGGACAAGAUGUACGAGACGCUGGAGCUCCUGCAGCGGCGGCACAACGUGCGGCCCGACCUGCUGCUCUGCUGCGGCGAUUUCCAGGCCGUGCGCAACGAGGCGGACCUGCGCUGCAUGGCCGUGCCCGCCAAGUACCGCCACAUGCAGACCUUCCACCGGUACUACUCUGGCGAGAGGAAGGCCCCGGUGCUCACCAUCUUCAUAGGCGGCAACCACGAGGCGUCCAACCACCUGCAGGAGCUGCCGUAUGGCGGGUGGGUGGCGCCCAACAUCUACUACCUCGGUUAUGCGGGCGUGGUGCGGUUCCGCGGCGUGAGGAUCGGUGGCAUCUCGGGCAUCUUCAAGUCUCACGACUACCGGAAAGGCCACUUUGAGUGUCCACCAUACAACCAGCAAACAAUAAGAAGCGCUUACCAUGUGAGGAAUAUUGAAGUCUUCAAACUCAAGCAGUUAAAGCGUCCAAUGGAUAUAUUUAUGUCACAUGAUUGGCCAAGGAGCAUAUAUCACUAUGGGAACAAGAAACAGCUUCUUAAAAUGAAAUCCUUCUUCCGUCAAGAAGUGGAGAACAACACGUUAGGAAGCCCUGCUGCUUCAGAGCUUCUGCAGCAUCUGAAACCCACCUACUGGUUUUCAGCACAUCUUCAUGUUAAAUUUGCAGCUUUCAUGCAACACCAGGCAACCUCUAAAGAAGAGCUACCAAAAGCAACAAAGUUUCUGGCUCUGGAUAAAUGUCUGCCUCACAGAGACUUUCUGCAGAUAAUAGACAUAGAACAUGAUCCUAAUGCAAGUGACGCACUGGAGUAUGAUGCUGAGUGGAUUGCAGUCCUCAAGGCUACCAACAGUCUCAUUAACGUGACUCAGAGUUCAUGGAAUAUGCCUGAAAAUAAUGGCCUCCAUGCAAAGUGGGAUUACAGUGCAACAGAAGAGGCUAUCAAAGAAGUAUUAGAAGAGCUGAAUCAUAACCUCAAAAUUCCCUGUAACUUCACAUUGACAGCUGCUUGUUAUGAUCCCAGCAAGCCCCAAAAACACGUGGAACCAGUUCAUACCAUCAAUCCACAGACCACUGAAUUUUGUGCCCUGUUUGGCCUCACUGACAUCAAUGAGAGGAUCCAGCAAGCUAAAGAAGAGGGUUCAGUACGUGGAGAAUAUGAAGAGGAGGAGGAGGAAGAGGAGAUGGACAGUGCUGGGUCAGCAGAGGAACCCAGUGAAUAUAAUACAGAUAAUUCUGGGCUUUCAUCCAUUAACCCAGAUGAAAUAAUGCUGGAUGAAGAAGGUGGUGAUGAGGACUUGAGUACAUGUUCUGUAGAUCCUUCCCCUGAUCAUCCUCCUGACUUCUCUGCAAGUUUUUCUGACAUCAGGAUCAUGCCAGAUUCCAUGGUGGUAUCAUCCGAUGAUGCUAUGGACUCCAACAACGAGGAACUGGAGAAAUCUGGAGCAAGUAAGCAGACGGAAGAGAAGAGCUUGAAUGAGAGAUCUUUAAAGCGCAUUGGUUGUAAUGAAAAUGGGAACAGUGGCAUGAAAAAAAUUAAGAGAAGGAAUCAAGCUAUCUAUGCUGCAGAGGAUGAAGAUAAAACAGAAUAAUUCAUACGAUGUGUAACUUAAGUUCUCUCCGUACCCUUUUUAUAGGAAGGUGGUGAGAGCUGUAGUGAACUUCUUAUGAUUUUAACAGUAUUUGAUCUUAGUCAUGUUACUUUACGCUGCAAUGGGCUACAUGUACCUCUCACAGGGAAGAAUACUUAGCUGGAUUAAACAUCUAAGCCAGAAGCAAACUUUUCCAACGAAGUACCUUGUCAAAGGAUUUAAAGCUUGUGUAUAGUCAGUUGAUUUUGCUUCUGUUCUUGGUGUAUCCUACUACUUCUGCUGUACAAGAUUUACCAUGCUUCUUUAACAAGAGGAAAACUUUUAAACUGUAGGUCAAGUUUAAGUGAGAGGAUGUCUGACUUAGGAGACUGAAUGGUCUGAUUUUAUUGCCUUUGUUUUUGUUUUGCACCGAAGUUUUAAUGCAAAGUUAGUGUAAGCAAUGACUCUGAACUAAAUUUGGAGGUAGAGUUAUUGGGAUGAUAAAACAGCAGUAGAAGAGUGAAUUUUAUUUUUGUCUCUGGAACUGGUGAUAUUCUAUAUGCCAUAGAAAAACUUACUAAUCGUAAAUGACACUGUAUAUCCAAAAUUGGCUUUUAAUUAUAGUUCUGGUAGAAAACCCAGUCUCUUAAUUCCAAGCACAACAGUUUUAUUAGGACCAUGGAAGAGAGCAUCUCUGUUCUUAAAAACUCACUUGUGUGCUGUUUCUCAAAACUUCAGAAACAUCUCUCAGAACUAAAAUGUAACUAGUUAGGAUGAACAGCUUCUUACAUGUGAACACCAUCAUUGUCUCAAUCCUUACUAAGUAGGGCUGUGUUCCAUUCUCGUAUGAAAGGACUGAUGUUUAUAAAUUGCUUGAGACAGCAAUGGAUGCCAUUAGCCUGGGGUUUCACCUAAUGCUGCUUUUCUCUGCUGUAUAACUUGCCUAAUUCUUAUAACUUGUUCUGGAGUCUUCCAAAGCAUCUUCCUAAACUUCAGCUGAGGAUAACAGGAGCUGCCAGGAAGCUGGUCCUGUCUGAAGCAGGAAAUGUGUUUUUUACUAUUCUCAUUUGCCCCAAAGUGUUAGCAAGCAAAUUACAUGCCUUUGGGCCUAAAAGCUGUUAAGAUGAUAAAACUUAAUGAAUUCAUGAAAAUGCCAAUGUUUUCAAUAACUAUAGCAUAUAAGUCAUCAUGCUUCUUAGCCUUACAGCCAAGUUCUGCAGGCAGCCUGUGCUGCACUUUCUAGGAGUCCAAACAGAGCUGGACUUCUUCAUGACCGUGCUGCCAGGUGUGCUUUUGAGACCAGAAGUAACUCCCAUGUUGUUUCACUCCUCUAAAGCCUAGGCACUGUGGAGAAGAGAGCAUCUUUACUGGAACAGGGAUUUAGGCAAGGAGCCACAAGUGUCAUGGAUUGGUGAGAAUGAGCUAAAGCAGGGAAACUAUUAGAGAGAAGACAUCCAGGUCAGAAUCGGUUUCAGAUUCUGGCCUUCAUCUAGCCUCUGUCUGUCUCUCGUCAGCACUUAACUAUGAAACCUAAACGCAUGCAAGUAUUCAAGAGCUAGGAAAUGCCAAAAUUAAAGUUCUCCAGAGUCUUGAUCACCAGGUUUAGCCUUGUGGGUUGAUGCUGUUAGCAUCCUGGGUUUUUUGUUUUUUCUAGAGAAUACUGUCUUGUAUAUUAAAUGAUUAUCUGGGCUUUGUUAAUACUGCUCUUGUAUCUCUUUAUACCUGCUCAUCUGUCAGAACACUCACUGAAGAGUUGUAAGAUGUGAUGAAAAAAAAGAAUGGAAAUUUAGUAUAACCCUCAACUUAUCUAAAAUAGCUGUGAACUAUCAACUAGGUUAUUGAAGAUCGCUGAGGGGUAUCUUUAAGGGUCCUGGGUCUGUUGCUAAGAUCUUUACUAUGUCUAUGUAUUCUUGUGACCUGAAGACUAUAAGGGAAAUACUUUAUUUUCUCUGCACCCUCAAAAAGAGUAAAUUUGAAGCAUAAAUUCUGGUGUGAGCCUGAACAGUCUCCCAAGGAAUCUGAGCAUGGUAUUCAACUGUCUAAUUCCACAGGAACUGCAGUGGAAGAUGUUAGUUAUAUUUGAUAGACUUUAGUUUGAUUCCAUAUGAUUUUUAAAGUAAAUGUCUUUCCCUUUCUGAUGAAUGUAUAUUGGCUUCUAGAAAGCAGGAGGCUUUGCCAAAGCAGAAUACUGAUUUUUUUUUUUUUUUAACUCUUUAAAGAUUUUUCUUUUAAUGAAGUAUUUCAGCACCCACUGAGCAGGGUGCAGAUGGUAAAUGUGCUUACCAUAAAAAAAACGUUUGAGUACAA